AGAAAGUACCUGAAAGGUGUGCUCCGGUGUCCCCGCGGAUGUGUGUCUCUCUUGUUCGUGUUUACUGCAGCCGGUGUUAUGUCGAAAAGUGCUACCUAUCGAGAUUUGAUACCAAGUUGUUGUGCGCAUGAGCAGAGGAGCCACAAUCUCGUCGUUAGAGUUUAAAUAAAGAGUUUGUAAAGUGUUUUAAAAAGCUCCCUGACUGUGAUACUGGCACAGGUGUAAAAUAAAAGGUUCACACCUGGGAUAUUUUAUGAUUCGCGUAGAGGAAGCAUUUUUCAACAGGCAGCUAAACUCGAUGAUACACUAGGAAAACAAACACACUUGAACCGGAAGCUGACUGCGUGUUUACAUCCGGGUCAGUCGGCACGGAGACGCAGUAGCUUCGCGUGUUCUCAGGUGAAAGAAUAAGCCUCUGGGGGGCGACAGCAGCAGCACAAGAAGAAAAAGAAGGGUAUAAAAAUGUCAGACGAGGAGGAUGCGGCGCCGGCCGUGAAGAGGAGUCGAGUCUUCUACGGAAGCCUGGAGGAGAAAGAGCGCGAGCGUCUGAGCUCAGAGAUGGCGAGCAGCACCGGAAGUAAUGCGGUGAAGGCGGGAAUCGAGGCUGGAAACAUCAACAUCUCGUCAGGGGAGACCAUGGAGAUGGAGGAGCGUGUCAGCGAGCGGCAGCAGGAUGCACUCGCCGCAUUCGAGCGGCGGCGGCGAGCAAGACAAAUCACCGUCUCCACGGACGACGCAGAGGUGAAAGCUGGCCUACGAGCACUCGGGGAGCCAAUCACGUUGUUCGGAGAGGGACCAGCUGACCGCAGAGAGAGGCUUCGCAGUGUCCUCUCUGUGGUCGGUCCGGACGCUCUGAAGAAGUCGAGGAGAGAUGAAGAGAGGGCGAAGAGAUCCCAGGACGAGUGCCAGCAGACGUGGUACCAUGAAGGCUCCGCCUUCCUAAAGGAGGCCCGCCUCUGGUUGGCCAAAUACUCUCUGCCUCGGGCAAUGAGGCGUCUGGAGGCUGCACGCGCUCAGAGGGACGUUUCCGAGGCCACCAGGACGUUGAAACAGCAGGAGCUGCACAAGAGUCUGAGAAAUCUGAACAACUUCUGCAGUCAGAUCGGAGACGAUCGGCCAAUCAGCUUCUGCCACUUCAGCCCCGACUCCAAAAUGCUGGCCACUGCCUCCUGGAGCGGUCUGUGUAAGCUGUGGUCAGUCCCUGACUGUAACCUGAUCCGUACACUCAGAGGGCACAACACCAACGUGGGAGCCAUUGUGUUCCGCCCACAGGCCGGAGUCUCUCUCGACCAAUCAGACGUCAGCCUUGCCUCAUGUGCUGCAGAUGGAUCUGUAAAGCUGUGGAACCUAGAGAGUGAUGAGCCGGUGGCUGACAUAGAGGGUCACAGUGAGCGAGUCUCUCGAGUGUCCUGGCAUCCUUCUGGAAGGUUCCUGGGAACAACCAGUUAUGAUAACUCGUGGCGUCUGUGGGAUCUGGAGGUUCAGGAGGAAAUUCUUCAUCAGGAAGGUCACAGUAAAGGAGUCCACGACCUCGGCUUUCACCCUGACGGCUCAUUGGCUGCUACAGGAGGGUUAGAUGCGUUUGGAAGAGUGUGGGACCUUCGGACGGGACGCUGCGUCGUCUUCCUGGAGGGACACCUGAAGGAAAUCUACAGCCUGCACUUCUCGCCAAAUGGGUCAGCCAAUCACAGAGCAGCUCACUGUAAACACAGCCAAUCACAGAGCAGCUCACUGUGCCAAACACAGCCAAUCACGGAGAGCAUGUUAUUUGUCAAAACAAACUCUCAUCUGUGUCUGUGUUCGUGUGUGUGCAGGUAUCAUUUGGCCACAGGAAGUGGCGAUAACACCUGUAAGGUCUGGGAGCUAAGAAACAGGAAGUGCUUGUACACAGUCCCCGCCCACCAGAACCUGCUGUCAGCUGUUCGCUUCCAACCCACAGACGGUCACUUCCUGUUGACUGGAGCAUACGACAACACAGCAAAGGUUUGGAGUCACCCAGGCUGGACGCCGCUAAAGACUCUUGCCGGACACGAGGGGAAGGUGAUGGGCGUCGACGUGUCACCUGAUGGGAAGCUCAUCGCCACCAGCUCCUACGACCGAACCUUCAAGCUCUGGCUGUCUGAGUGAUGUCAUGAUGAUGUCAUGAUGUCACGGCAGAGGCAGAACAUGGAGCUGAAAUAGUUUUUUGUUUUCUGACAAAUACAUUUUCUUUUUAUGUUUUUUAAAUAAAAUUGUCUUUUCUGGA